GACAUAUAAGAGAUAUAUGUAUAUUAUGUAUUAAAAAGCAAAACAAUAUAUGAUCUUAUAUAAUGUUUGAUGCGUCCAAUAAUGAAAUGUUUGUUACUGGUGAAUUGAGCAUAAGAUCCGUGACAGUCUCCGCCUCCCACCGUCUGUCACUGAAGAGAAUGGAUAGCAUUGUUGAUAGUUCAAGCAUAAAACGUAUUACUUUCAAUGUUUUCCUGCAAAACAUAACGUGAUAGACUUGAAAUUCAUUCAAUGUUAUAUGUCAAUUACAUGUUUAUAAUUAUUGGUAAUUAUUAUAUUUCUUUUUUAAAAUGAGUUCACCAGUGUCAAUAAGUAAUUCUGCUUCACUGACUGGUACUAAUGGAAUGGAAACAGUAGUAGCAGUAGCACUUGGCGCGCUUGCUGCUGUUUUUCUUGGUGCUCUCUUGGUACUCCUUGUCAUUUGUCGUAGACAACGUUGUUAUUAUAAUCAAAAAGAUUCGCCAGAUCUCAGUUCUGAUUUGUUAGAAGGAGAGAAUAAUCCUGGAUUAGGUUUGGGUACUUGGGAAAGCGAAGAAUGGCUCGCUGGUGCUGAAAGAUGGGUUGACGAUGCUACUGGCUUAGCACCUCCUUGUAUCGCGGUACUUCGUUCUUGUCAUGCUUUGGCAGCAAGUCUUACUGCUAUUGCAGGAACAGUGAAUAGUAAUACAGUACCAUUGGAAAUAGUAGACGUUGCUAGAAGGAUUCCACCUCGUGUUGAUGACGUAGUUCGAAGUUUAUAUCCACCUUUGGAUGCAAGACUAUUGGAAGCCAGAGUAGCUGCAUUGGUAUUAGCUGUUACUCAUUUAGCAUUAGUGACUAAACAUGGUGUUCCCAAAAGUCAAGCUAGAAAAUUAACAUUCAUAGAUCAGGCAUUGAACGACAUGGAUUCACAUUUGUUAAUUUUAAGAAAUGCUGCGUUAGCGCAAGAGGCUGUAUGUUCUAUCCCAGCUUCUACAUCGGUCUAAAUUAUUUUUCUUCAAUGGAGAACACAAAAUUAACAGUAUUUAUAUAAAGGCUCUCUCGCUGUUGCCUUUAUUUUAUUUUAUAACGAUAUUAAAAUAUUUUAGAGAUUUCUUAUAUAAAUGUUUUAUAGAAAUAAUCUACUUUAUAGAUUAACUAUUAUAUUUUUGAUAUCGGCUAAUAAUUCGUUUAAGUACAACUUAAAUCUUCGUGUAUCGAUCAACUGAGAAUAAUCUGCGAUGGUAAAUUCGCACGAAAAACGGUUUGUAACGCCAUCUAGGAUAUUUCUAGGAACGAAUUUAUCAUCGCAAAUUAUUUCAUUCAAAUUUACAUUUGAAACAAAAUAUAUAAUAGUAAUCUGAUAGUAUUAUAGUUUAUUAUAUAAAACUUUUAUAUAUACGAUAUAAAUACAUGUUACACAUGAAUCCUUUUAAUGCAUUACAGAAGAGAUUAUGGCUAGAAAUAUACAUGACAUUAGAAGAAAUAUCGGAAAUGAAAAAUAAUAAGUAUUCUUAUAUAAAAAUUGAUAAA